GUUGUGCAGUCAUGCUGUGGUUGUACUACUGCUUAAAGACAGGAAAUCAGCACUAUUAAACCAGAAAUCCACAGACAAAAGAGAUUAUAAGCAUUAGCCCAGAAGGUAAUACUGGAGAUGGAGGAAUGGGAGGUUUCUGCUUCUUUAGAACCCACAGAAGCCAAAGGGAACAGUUCAUCACCAAUAGUUGACAGGUCUUGUGAGAAUCUGGAAUGCUACAUGGUCCUGAUUAAAGCAGAGAAGACAGCCAUCGGCUCCAUCUGUUUCCUGGCAGGUCCUUUCACACUGCUUGAAAAUGCUGUUGUGCUGGGUUUGAUUGCUGCCACAGCCUCUCUACGGCAGCGGCCCUCAUAUCUGUUCAUUGGCAGCCUUGCUCUGGCUGAUGUCUUCGCCAGCUGCUUCUUCACCACCAGUUUCUUGGACUUCCACCUCUUUCGUCGCAGCGAUGGCCCCACGGCCUACCUCUUCAAAUUAGGUGGUGUCACCAUGGCAUUCACUAGUUCAGUGGGAAGCUUACUGCUGACUGCCCUGGACCGCUAUCUUUGCAUCUACCGGGCCUCCAGCUACAAGGUGCUGCUGACCCGCCGACGAGCCCUGCUCAGCCUUCUGAUUCUCUGGAGCACCACCAUCUUCAUCUCCUUCUUGCCUCUAAUGGGCUGGAGGUGUCACAAAGACCUUACUCAACCCUGCUCACGUCUGUUUCCCUACAUCAACCAGGGCUAUCUGGCCUGCUGGACCAGCUUCAUUCUGGUGCUUCUGGCUCUUAUUUUGGGAGCUUACGCUCUCAUCCUGUGGAAGGCCCACCGUCAUGAAUCCUCCAUGACAAGCCUCCAGGGAGCAGCAGGGACAGGCCAUGCCCGAAUGAGGAUGGAUAUCCGGCUGGCUCGUACCUUUGGCCUGAUCCUGCUCAUACUGGUGGGCUGCUGGCUUCCUGCGCUUUCUUUCAUGAUAGCUGAUGUCUCUGUGAUCCUGACCCACACCCAACAGAGGGCCUUCGCCUUUUGCAGCACCCUCUGCCUGCUUAACUCUGCAGUCAAUCCACUGCUGUAUGCCCUGCGCUGCAGAGAGCUCAGAGUUGCUCUGCUGCAGUUCCUACAAAGGUUCUGUGAGAUUGGGAGGUGUAAAAUGCCUUCAGAGGACUUAAGCCCAGAACCACCGUCCACAGAGGACAACAACCUCACUUGUAUCUCUGAGGAGGAGAUGCACAGAACCAGAACCACUCGUCUCUACUCAAUCUCAGAAAAGGUCAACAAUCAGCAGCUAAAUGUCAGCAAAUGAAGGAUGUGGAGAGUUGAAAUGAAGAAGUAGCUAUACAGAUGGAAAAAUGUCUAGGAAAUGUUAAUGGAAGUGUGAUCGUGGUGAAGAUGUUGAUUAAAAUCAAGUGAUUGGAGAUUAAGAAUCAAAUCUACAAUACCUAAUAGUAGGAUUCAUCGUCAUCAAAAUAUUAGAGCUGGCAUAACUUGACUUUUUAAACAAGACUAUUGUGGUAAAAACUGAAUCACAGUCCUGAAUAUUUUUAGUACAAGUGAUCGGAAACAUUAGAAAGUCUAUGAAAUGUGGGAAUUGUGGGACAUUUUGUGUUUUACAUGCAAUUACAACAACUGUAAAACAGUGUAUGUAAGGAGAAAACAUUAACCCCAAGUAUUAGUUUUGUCAUCAUUACACAUUACUUAAAUCAUAACAAUUACAGCAUUGGGAAUUAGUUAGAUUAUGUGAACUUUUAUCUAAUCAAUUAGUAUGAUUAACAUGGUGUGAUUUCAGUAUAUAAUUAUCUAUUUGCAAGUAGGACACAAGGAAUUUUGUAAUGUGUUUUCUGAUGAUAAGUAGGUCUGGAAGGAAGAUUAACUAGUAAUAUAAUUCUGUGGAAAUACACCGCUAUGCAUUUGUUUAGGUCAAGCAAAAGGUUUACUCUAUAUUGGGCUUUUUUAAGUGAGCUGAUGAAAUGUGGCCAUCUAACCCCUAGCUUUUGACCCUCUGCCUCCCAUGUCAUUGCUUUAAAGCUCUCACUCCUAUAAUAUUGUGUCCUGUGAACUGAACUGCUGACUUAACUUUUGAGUCCACAACUAGUUGUUCGUAUGCUUGCUUAUGUUUGAGUGUUCGUCACUGAUGUGCAGGAACAGAGGACGCUGUGGGUUGCCUAUCCUAUCUGCACAUGAAUGCCAGGACUCCACAAAAGCCCCAUGCAUGGGAGGAUUUCACACAAUGUUCACCACAUGAAUCCAAGCAGUGUGCUGAGGUAAAUGAGGCACAUGCCAGGAAGAGAAAACGAGCACAGACACUAGAACACUCUUUGCAACAGAGACAACUGGCAGCUGCAGUAAAGCACACACUGACUUAAACUCACAGCUGCACAUAAGGUUACAAAAAUAGAGAAUCACAUAGGUCUUGUAACGCUUGCUGAUUGUAGGUCAGUGGAUAGUAUUCAGAACACCUUUAAACCACUGUAUCAACUGAUUAAGAAUAAUACUUGACCAUAUCCUGUUUUGACUCUUUAUGUGUUCAUAUUCAAGCAAAUUCCAUUAGUUUUACCCAUCUGGUGUGUGCAAUGAAGUGUAUCUGUCUCUGUAUCAAUCGCGUGAGUAGAUCUUUGCUCCCAGAGGUUACAUGUUGGAUACUGGGAAUUUGUGAUGCCAGAAUUUGGAAUAAAAAAAAAAAAAAAAAAAAAGAGCAGGAAGAUAUACUGUUGGUCAAAAGUUUUGGAACACCUCAUAAUUCAGUGUCUCUGAAAAUAAAGCAUGGAACCAAUGAAUAAUUGAUUUUUCAAUGACCUUUCAGUUUUUGGUGACCUAAACUUUAUUUUAUUUUUUUAACCUUAGGCAGUUUACUGCUUACUUUUUGUAUUUCAAUAAAAAUCUGAAAAUUGGGGUGUUUGGGGCAAGAGACUGGAGAUGAGAAACAGGAGUACAGUUGCAUUUUCAUACACACUGUGCUCAAAAUUCAACAUAAAGGAUGAUCAUACCAGUUUACCAGUAGAAGUUUACCUACCCUUGUAGAGGUUAUAAUGUUCAAAUUCUGUAGAAACUAUAGACAGAUGUGAUAAGAUGUGUUACACUAAGAGGUGGAGAGUUUGUGUUUGUAAUAUGUAGCCUAAUAUUUAUUGCAUUCUAAAAAUUGUUGCAAUUGUCCUUGAAUUUGUUUAUGUCUUAUAAAUGUGUCAAUGUCUUAAUUUUGGAAAUGACUGUUAUCAAUUAUCCAACCAUUAAUUAUUUAUAUAAUUUAUGGUAGACUAAAUAGUAGUUCAUAUUUCCACUCCUUAUGUAAUCAUCCCCCCCAGAAAAUAAAUGAAUAAACAAAUGAAUUA